AUGAUCCCUGCAACACAGCGAAUCCAUUCCAAAUCAUGGACCCGUACUAUCAAACCAUUAGUCCGCAUAGCCCGUUCUUACACCUCUUCUUCAUCUAGCUCUACUGUCGUCACUGCUGCUGCCACAUCCCUGCUCAACACACCACCAUUGGCACCGGCUGCACUCUCUGCAUUUCUAGGUGCCGCACAAUCACGACUGGCUAUAAAUUCUCCAUCAUCCAUUGUUGUUCUAGCAUCACCAGGACUUGCUCCCUCACUAGUCGCCUUUGCAGAGUCCUACACGGGUGCACCAUCACUUGUAGUGGCUGCAGUCGAUGGUAUCCCAUUAGGUGCUCAAAGAAACGCAUUGUCUGCACUAUUCCUUAACUCUCCAUUAGCCCUAGAGGACGCCUUACCAUUACAAUCAAACGAACAACAACAACUGGAAGUCCUUGGUCGGCCAUCAGCAAGAGGUGUACGUACUGCACGUAACCCUUGGACUUUGGAUCAUGGCGUUCUAGCCGUGAGAGUGGGAGAUCAAGAUGCUCCAGACUUUGCAGUACAACUCGCAAGUACGCUUUUCGAAACAGGUACUCAAACUACUCUCAUGUAUGUACCUGGAACAACUUUAGACAAAUCACAACAGAAUCAGAAUCAGAAUCAGAAUCAGAAUCAGCACCCGCUUGCACGGAAACUUCUGGCCAGUGCACACAUACAUGUAGCAAGUUUGGGUUCACGGGUAACUGCACACUCAUGUGCACCUCUCCGUGACUUGUCUGAGGGCCAGACUCAUGCCGUGACCGCAGCUAAGAGCAACAUGGUGAAGCAGAUUGAUGGCAAAUCUGCAGCCGGAUUUUUGGAGCGUAGUGUUGCGUUGAUGGAGCCUCAUAAGGAUGCCAAUGCCGAUGUCAGUGUACCUGUGCAUGUCCCCGAACGUAAAGUGUUUGCACAGGUAGGUGUCGAUGGUUCCCGGUAUGAGGUAAUUGCUGGUGGUGGUGGAGCAUGGUCUGCUCGUAGCCGAAUGUUAGUACUAGAUCCUGGAGCGUCACCUAUUGCCGGUGACUCGAUUUCAUUUUGGCUUUCGGAACCUGGACUUUUAUUUGAUGAAACUCGGUAUGCCAGGUACUUGGAACAGAAUGGUGUAGAGUUGAAGGGAAAUAAUGGACUGAGGAUUGCAUUGGAGUGUGCACCAGUUGUUGAAGACUUGGAGAUCCUUAAUGGACGAUCCGGACUGCUAAACGUGCCUGAGGCUACAGUAGUUGAUAAUUUAUUUGGUGCAAGUUGUGAAAACGGGUUUUUGGUUGGGUCAGCUAAGCACUCAGUACCUGGUGAGCUUUUCGAGUUACGGGUUAGCAAUUAA